GUUCCGCUUUAUGCCUUCGUCGCCCUCCCCCUUUCUGCUUUAUCUAAACUAAACGAGUUAAUCAUGUUACAAUGGUUGUCAGGUCGCAAUUUUCGCAGAAUAAGCAAACUGUUGAUUUAAAAGUCACGCCUUGAUCACAACGUUUGAUUACCACUGGAGACUCAUUCGUCGAUAGAAAAUCCGCAAUUAUUCGACUGUUUAUGUAAGAAAAUGUGAAUCUAUGAACCGCCUCAAAGGAUCAGACAUCUGUGGACAAUGGGAAAACAUUGCUAGCCGCUAUAUAGUAUUCUUUCUUCCUCACACUUUAUGAAUGUAACAGUAGCCCGGCGCAGGGGACAGGACAACAUGGCUGCUGCAGCGGGUCGAUACUACGGAGAAGGUGGCAGAGCAACCAAAAGACAGAAAACUGAGGAGGGAGGAAUGACUACGGAAAGCUACGAUGAUCCUCAUAAACCGCUACCCUCCUCAGUGGUGCAUAUUAGGGGCUUGGUGGACGGUAUUAUGGAGGCUGACCUGGUGGAGGCCCUGCAGGAAUUUGGGACCAUCAGUUAUGUGGUUAUGAUGCCCAAGAAGCGCCAGGCCCUGGUGGAGUAUGACGACAUGAAUGGCUCCUGCAAUGCUGUUACAUAUGCAGCAGAGAACCAGGUUUACAUUGCAGGCCACCCUGCCUUCAUCAAUUACUCCACUAGCCAAAAGAUCUCCCGGCCAGGAGACUCGGACGACACCCGGAGUGUUAACAACGUGCUGCUUCUCACGAUCAUAAACCCCAUCUAUCCUAUCACCACGGAUGUGCUCUUCACUAUUUGUAACAACUGUGGUCCUGUGCAGAGGAUUGUCAUCUUCAGAAAGAAUGGUGUUCAGGCCAUGGUUGAAUUUGAUUCAGUCCAAAGUGCCCAGAGGGCCAAAGCCUCACUCAAUGGGGCAGACAUCUAUUCUGGCUGUUGCACUCUAAAGAUCGAAUAUGCCAAGCCAGCACGCCUUAAUGUCUUCAAAAACGACCAAGACACGUGGGACUACACAAAUCCCAACCUGAGCAGCCAAGGAGAUCCCAAUGGCAAUCCCAACAAACGUCAGAGGCAGCCUGCUCUUCUGGGAGACCACCCCCCGGAUUAUGGUGGCCCUCAAGGAGGUUAUCAUGGCUACAGCGACGACAGCUAUGGCCCCCCUCCUCCCCACCGCAUGGGGCCAGGAAUGGGUGGGCGUGGUCGGGGUAGCCAGCGCUAUGGGCCUGGAUAUGGACCACCGCCACCUGAGUAUGGUCCGCAUGCUGACUCCCCAGUUCUGAUGGUGUAUGGCCUUGAGCCCUCCAAGAUCAAUGCUGACAAGGUCUUCAACAUCUUCUGCCUCUAUGGCAACGUAGAGAGGGUUAAGUUCAUGAAGAGUAAGCCUGGGGCAGCAAUGGUCGAGAUGGGUGACUGCUACUCUGUAGACAGGGCCAUCACUCACCUCAAUAAUAACUUCCUGUUUGGACAGAAACUCAAUGUUUGCGUGUCCAAGCAGCAGGCUAUUGUGCCAGGCCAGUGUUACCAGUUAGAGGACAACACCAGCAGCUUCAAAGAUUUCCAUGGAUCCCGCAACAACCGCUUCACCUCCCCAGAGCAAGCAGCCAAAAACCGAAUCCAGCACCCCAGUAAUGUCCUCCACUUCUUCAAUGCACAGCCUGACAUAUCUGUAGAGAUCUUCAACCAGGUAUGCGAUGAACUGGGAAUUAAGGGCCCCACAAGAGUCGUCUUAUGUGGUGCAAAAGGUGAGCGAAGUUCAUCAGGUCUUCUGGAGUGGGAAUCCAUCAACGAUGCCAUGGAAGCUUUAGCUCUGAUGAACCAUUACCAGAUGAAAAACCCUAGUGGGCCUUACCCUUACACACUGAAACUGUGUUUCUCAACUACACACCAUGCCAACUAAAUACUCUCCCUUCAAGCUAUAUGUUUAGUAGGGCUGCACCUGCUCCUUUUGUGAGCAUGAUUUUGAUCCCUGUGUGAUCUCAGUCCCAUGUGACAGUGAUUCUGUGGUGUUUCCAUUAGCAGGGAGACACCUUGCAUCAAACCAAGUGUUCUCUUUUCCCUG